UUCCAACCUCUAUUUUAUGUUUGAAGUUUCAAGGUUGAACUAAUAAAAAUAUUGCAAAUAUGAAUUAUUCUGUGCAGUUAAAUCCUUAUCUAAUCUUUGUGAAAUUCGAUAGAUAGAUUGUAAUAAUUAAAUAUAGUAAGUAAAGUACCGAAAAAUUAAUUUAAAGAAUCCACCAUGUUGAGAAAAAAACUGAAACUUUCCAAAGUUGAGGAACAAAACGAGUAUGAAGUUUCAAAUAAUAAUACAGUGUGUAAUGAACUCAGUCAUCAAUCCAUUUAUUUUGGUGCUUCACCUUCAAUUGACAAUUUGAUUUCCACAAAAAUGAUAAACAUUCAGCGUAAUUUGAAUGAAAUAUUAGAUAAGAUAGAUUUCGUUAAACAUCCUAUAUGCUAUGUCUAUAAUCCUACUGUGUAUGCCAAUGAACCCUAUGAAAAAUAUAUGAAACUAUAUUGCAACAAUGAAAAAAAAAUUUUAUUUAUUGGUAUCAAUCCUGGUCCUUGGGGUAUGUGCCAGACUGGUGUUCCAUUUGGUGAGGUGAAUAUGGUAAAGAAUUGGUUAGAUAUUGAUGGAAAUGUUGAUGUGCCUAAUAAAAUGUGUAAUGAGAGAAGAAUUCAAGGGUUCAACUGUACUAGAAAAGAAGUUAGUGGUGAUAGAUUCUGGAAUUUUUUCAAGGAUUUAUGUGGUACUCCAAAACGUUUUUUCAGAAAUUGUUUCCUUUAUAAUUAUUGCCCAUUGGCAUUUAUGAAAGAAAAAGGAGCAAAUAUUACACCUGCUGAUAAGAGCAUGGAGAACACUCUUAAAAGUUCUCUACAAGAAGCUUGUGAUGCAGCAUUCAAUGAAGUUAUACUGACCUUAAAGCCAGACAUUAUAAUUGGAAUCGGCAGAUAUGCAGAGAAAAGAGCUCUUGACAUUGUUAAACAUUUAUCACAAGAUAUAAAAGUUUUGUAUCUGCUACAUCCAAGUCCUCGCACACCUGGAAAUAAUAACUGGGCAGAAGAAGCUAGUAGUUUCAUUAAGAAAAAUAAUCUAACUGAAUUUUUCAAUUAAUUGGAGUUAGAAAACAAUGGAACCAUUAUCUAAGAAAGCUAAAUUAAAUGAAAUUGACGAAAUUAUACCAAAAUCAUAUGAAACUAAUCAAAUAUGUGAUACUCUUGAUGAUAUCGAAAAGGAAUAUAUGGAGAGAGCUUUCCUUUAUGCGAAAGAAGCUCUGCAGGUACAGGAAGUUCCAGUUGGAUGCAUUUUUGUUUAUCAAAAUGAGAUUAUAGCAGUUGGACGCAACACAGUUAAUGAAACUAGGAAUGCAACCCGGCAUGCUGAAAUGAAUUGUAUAGAUGAUGUUUUUGUCUAUUCUCAAAGUAAAAAGAUCAACCCCUUGGAAGUAUUUGAGAAACUCAAUGUGUAUGUAACAGUAGAACCAUGCAUAAUGUGUGCUGCUGCGUUAUAUAAUUUAAAAGUAAAGUCAGUGAUAUUUGGUUGUAAAAAUGACAGAUUCGGUGGUGAAACAGUUUUCAAUGUGGCAAAGAUAGUAAAACCAGUAACAGAAAGAAAAGGUGGGUAUAGAGCAGAUGAUGCCAUGAAUUUGUUAAAAACAUUUUAUCAAGGUGUGAAUCCUAAUGCCCCACCUUCAAAAGUUAAAGUUAGGGGGAAAAAAUUAUUACAAAAUAAUUAAUACUUAUCAUUCCAUAUCUUCCAGUUGUUUUGUUGAGGUUCUUAAAAAUGUUAUUAUAUCAUAGUAUUAAAUAGAAAUAACUUACUUAAUUUAUCCAUAAAUCAAAAUGAAAAAAAAAAUUUUUUUUGUGGCUGAAAGUACUGCAUACAAAUUUAUUUUUUCCACUCUUCAAAUAAUUUAAAGAAGUUCUAAACUAGAGAUAUCUUUUACAACAUGAUAGAGGUCAAUAAUCAUUAGCUUCACUAUUUCUGAAUCACAAAUUUCACAUUCACAUUUUUGUAUUAAGUAAUACCUUUUUUUAUAAAAAAAAGGAAUGAAAACUUUUUUAUAAUUUUCCAAAAAUUUAAAAAUUUUGAGUACCUAAUUUCGCCAAAGAAAAGUUGUAUAUAAUAAUAUAAUAUUCAAAUACGUUAUAUGGAAAUAAAUUUCAGUUAUUUUUAAAAAGAGUGAAAGUAAUAUUUAUUUAAAUUGCAACAUUAUUUUCUUAACAUUAAAUGUAUAAACUAUUAUAUUGGAUAUCUACAUUUUUAUUAAAGAAUUGUACUUGCAAAAACAGUCUAUGAUAAUUUAAAUAAGAAAAAAGUAAAAAAUCUAACACCUAAAAUAUCAGCAUAUAAUUUAUUAUGAAAUCAAUUUUUAAAUGACUAGUUACGAAUAUUUUUUUUACUUCACAUAAUUGAAAAGGUUAUCUUUGUCAAUUAUAUUUAAUAUCAAAAUAAGAAAUAUGUUCAUUCAAACCCUCAAAGAGGAUAUAGAUUUAUCUGAAAAAACUAAAUUCAGACCAAACUUCAAGCAUAAAAUGCAUCUUGAUCACAGUAUAUUAAUGAAUUUCUUACUCUGUUAUCACUGAAGUAUUUCAAAAGAGUUAAUUUUUAAAGUGAUUUAUUUUUUCAGAUACUGAAUUAUCCAAAAAUACAUAAACAUUCUGAUUUUUAUCAACAAUUCAUAUUCAUUUCCGAAAAUAUAUUUUAUUAAAAUAAAAACAACAAAUUUCAAUGGG